CAAGAGGAUAGAAAUUGGGGUCCGACCACCGAACCUGUCUUGUUUCCUUACCACCGUCAUCACUACUCCUUUCUUUUAUAUUUCUUAUUUUGAUUGACAGCAUACUGGUAUUUCGUUGGAAAUGCGGCCUCGAAGCUCGGUUACACAAGCGCCUGUCGAUAACGUCAAGAAGCCUCGCCGACCCCCAAAAAAGCGAGCGCGUGGUUCUGACGUCGAUGGAAAUCAGCAGAACGUUGAACUCGUUAAAUCUGGUGCAAAGAGAGCUAAAUGGCAGCCCAGGCCGGGAAAGCUUGCCGCCCUCAUGAAUCUACCACUGGACGUCUUAUUCGAGAUAUUUGGACACUUGAAUCCUUUGGAUUUACUUCGCCUGGCCCGCACGACGAAACAAUUCAGACGCGUGCUCAUGCAUCGUUCUUCAAUGUCUGUAUGGAAGAAUACUAGAGAAAAUGUGCCCAACAUGCCAGAUUGCCCGCCUUUCUGGACGGAACCCCACUAUGCAAACCUUGCUUUCGAUCCGCACUGCCAUGAAUGUGGUGCUCCUGGUGUGCGCAACGUUGACUGGCGCAUCGGUAGGCGGAUCUGCGCAAAGUGUUCCAAGAAUUGCAUGGUAGAUGCCUAUCCCGGGGAGUCUGUAAUCAGCAGUCUUGUACCAAAACGAGGUCGCCUUCUAUUCUACCGCAAGGAUGUCGAAGAAGUCCAGAAGAAAUUGCGCACACUCACGGAUCCAGAUGAGCUUCAAGCCUAUAGCGAAGAGAGGAGGGCAUUCGUCAAGGAAAUGGAUACGAAAGCGAAAGCGUUAGAAGCAUGGGCUGCAUCUCAGGCUAAAGAUCGAUCCGAUCAGCUGGAGGAUGCUAGGCGUGACAGGAAGGCUGCGAUCAUUGGGAGGCUCACUGAAAUUGGUUGGGGCGAUGAAAUCGAACAUAUUCCAUACACGGACGACUUGAGUCACCACAGGUUGGUCAAGCAACCCACCCGCCUGACAGAUCGCAUCUGGAAUAACAUCAAGAACGACAUGAUCAAGUACAUGGAAGAAAUGAGAGCGCGACGUCUUGAGCGCGAGCGUAAAGCCCUGCUUAUCACUCGAAGGCGCACUGCCAUUGGCGUUCUGCGUAGCUAUAAGAUUGCUCACCUCCCUUUUACUGAUGUCAUGCCGGAGCCAGUGGACUUCUGUUCCUUCCCUGAAGUCGUCGAAAUUGUUGGACUGCCCACGGAGACAGAUGUUACGGAAGCGACAUUUGCAGACGUUGCUUCCCGGAUGGAUGACUUGGUACACGCCUGGCGUACACGCAUGCACUCCCAGCUCAGAGCUAGGGUCAAAAAUAACUUGCUCUUAACCGCAAGGCGGCGUGUGUGGGAGGAUCGGGUUACGCCGGAUCCAUACUACGAAGAGUACGUGGAAAGCCUCGGUGCCGACAUAGUAGACAUCAAAGGCAAGAAGAAGGAGGUAUCGCCCCCGGUGCCCGACGACGCCGAGAUCGACCAGAGCAUCCCGCUAGCGACAACUGUAUUUUGCUGCAAAUCAUGCACUCCAUCCAUUGGACUCCCUGGCGAUUUGUCUGAUAGUGACUAUGACGAUUUCCUUGAUAGCCUCGGCGGACGACGGUCUAGAUCCAUUCCUCUUUUCUAUCCCAAAGUCAUGGGCCAUUGCUGCCUAACCAGAUCGCGAACGUUGCCUUGGGACUAUUUUGCUACGGACGACCCUAACUUCCGGAUCGACUUUCCAAUGAGCACCCGCACAAAGUGGAACUCCCAGCUUCUGCAGGUGGACGAAGAGGCAAGCAAGGCUGCUCGUGCUGUCGUGGCGGCAUGUGGUGAAGACCCGCUCACCACCACUGCGACCAAAAUGGACGAGUUAGAUCUUCGCUUUGCGUGCGUUGACUGCGUGAAGUGGUCCAAGCACGAGGUGAAUCAAGCUAAUGCACCUGUCUUCACUUGGCGUUCAGCGAUCCAACACAGGAUGCGAGAGCAUCGCUACGAACGCCGGACAGCCAACUGGCUGAAACUCGAGGGAGAAUUACUCGAGGAGGCUAACCGAAAUGCUCGCGAUCUCACCGAAAUCAUACAGCACAUGUUCGAUUUUCAACCUUUCCCGAAUAUCACUCAGCCUGCAAACGUCAUUUGGCUGUGCGCCCACUGCAUGGAUUUGCCACAGGAGAGGGAAUGCUAUGAACUUGGCAAAAUCAAGAGUCAUCUUCUUACAAGUCAUGGCAUUGAAGAGCCUGUGGAAAAUCAGGACUAUUAUAAGGAUUACGAAGCGCCACAGGGUCGCAGACCAGACCUCAAACCAUCCGACUCCACUGUUACUUUGCAAAUGGAGAGGCCUUCCUAUGUCCCUCUACCAGGGGAAGGUUUCUAUGGUAUUGAUGAGGAUGACGAGGAUGAUGAAAAUGACGAGGAUGACGAGGAUGACGAUAUCUAUUUUGGUAGCUCUUUCUUCCCUUUCUUCUGACUGACAAAUAACAUUCGUCCACAACUCGUCCAUUAAUCAUCCCCCUCUCCAAAUACGUGACCAAAGUUUUAAUGAUUCCUCACGCGUCCUUUUCUAAAUAUACGUAGCCAAAGUUUUAAUGUUACUGGACACUGAUGUUCUUCACGCGUCCUCAUGUUUAUCCAAGACGAACCGAUUCAGAAAUAGUCA